AUGGCUGCCUACCUCCAUCUCCCACACCAGCUCGCAGGAGCAAACAAGACGCUCACGGCGAAGUGCCACUGCAAGUCGGUCCAGUACACCAUCACCGUCCCGACCUCGGCCCUGCCCCUACCCGUGCACCUCUGCCACUGCAGCGUCUGCCGUUACACUCACGGAACCCUCUCGAGCGUGCACGCCCCGCUGCCCAAGGGCAUCGAGCCCUCCUUCGUCCCGCCGUCCGUGCUCGAGUCGUCCGUCACGGGCUACGUUCACUCCGCCCAGGCGACCUCGGAGCGCUACUUUUGCUCUACCUGUGGCUGCCACAUCGGCGACCGCAGCCUCAAGCCCGACCCGGACACGGGCCGGCCCCACUGGUGCGUCGCCACUUCCGUCUUCACCGUCCACGACGAAGACACCUUCCAGAUCCGCUCCCACAUCUUCUCCGCCCCGGAAACGGAGCCCAACCUGGCCACCUGGCUGCCCGUCAUCAACUCCCGCCCCAUCCACCACUGGAACCCUCCGCCGCGGCCGCAGCAGCAGCAGCAGCAGCAGAACGCGGACCGGGACCGUGACCGUGACGACAAGCCACCCUCGGCGUGCCACUGCGGCGGCGUGUGCUUCGCCAUCGUGGCCCCGUCCGAGACCGAGGCGGCCGACCCGCUCGCGGCCCGCUUCCUCCGCCGUGCCGGCUCCUCCCUAACCCUCAAGCGCGUCGCCUGCCUCUGCCUGUGCCGCGACUGCCGCCUCGUCUCGGGCGCCCACGCGGUCGCCUGGACCUUUGUGCCCCGCUCGCGCAUCCGCCCACCCACGCUGCUGCCCCCCAGCGCCACCACCCUGCGGACGUACCGCUCGUCGGACAAGGUGACGCGGGCGUUCUGCGGCGUCUGCGGCGCCACCGUCUUCUACGCGCUCGACGACGACGAGAGGACAGCGGGUGCUUGGGGAAACGGCGGCGGCGAGGGGGACUGGGUCGUCGACGUUGCCGUAGGCCUGUUGAUGGAUCCGCGGGGGACGGUGGCUGCCGAGGACUGGCUUGCCUGGCGGACGGGACGCCUGGCUGGAAUGGAAUCGGGGCUGGACUAUGAUAAGGGGUUCGCUGAGGGUCUAGCGGAGGGGCUCAAGAACUGGGGACUCAAAACGCACGGCGAGAUUACCACGUUCCACAUCCCGCAGGAUUGAUAAUUGAACUGUGAAUAAGAAGGGGAGACAGAGAGAAUGAGAGAUCCAGAGAGGUGACCGUGACCU